AUAACACCUUCCAUGUUUCUCGUUCGGACUAGGAAACCUCGAGGUCUGGUCUUACCCUUCAUCCAUGGCGGACCGGGCUCCACUGCCUCGCAAGCCAGUGAACCGACGAAGCUAUUUCUCUUCCUCAAUUAGCUCGGAGGAUUCUCACCAGCGAAGAUCAAAUUACACUAGCUCUAGGGUUUCUCAGGAAGCCUCGAGGAGAAAUUGGGACAGUGGGGAUAGCUACGUGACUGAUAAAGAGGACGCCGAUCGUACUUUUUCUACCUUAGCGGGAAAUUGCCCUUUUAUGUGCCCUGUCGAGGAGAGGGCGAGGCGCGAGAGGCUUCGGGAUUUGGCUGUAUUUGAGAGGCUCCAUGGAAAUCCUGCUAAAACUUCAGCCAAUCUUGCAGUAAAAAAGUUCUGCAGGACUAUAAGCACAAAAGAUGUGAAAGCUUCUGAUGUGCGGCCUGUCUCAGUUUUGGAAGGGACUCUAGAUUAUCUCCUCAGUUUGCUGCAUUCUAGUGGUCGCCCUUUUGAAGUGGUUCAUGAUUUUAUAUUUGAUAGAACACGGUCCAUCAGGCAAGAUCUUAGCAUGCAAAAUGCUGCCAGCCCUCAAGUUAUACGCAUGUACGAAAGAAUGGUCACGUUUCACAUCAUAUCACACAGCCAACUUCAUAGGUCUUGUGGGAGUCCAGAUAUAGCUUCUAUGUGUCACCUCAACUUGGAGCAGCUCAUGAAAACUCUGGCAACUUUGUUAAAUUUGUAUGAAGUAAAUCGAGUUUCACAUUCUGCUUCUCGAAAAGAAGCUGAGUUUUGUUCGUUCUAUCUUCUCCUCCGUUUAGCAUCAGACAACCAAGGUGAACCCUUGACAUUGUGGAUCAGUCGGAUUCCUUCUCCAAUCCUGAAGUCAAAAGAAAUGUGUUUCGCCCGGGGAAUAUUAAGAUAUUAUCGCUUGGGGAACUACAAAAGAUUUAUUUUAACUAUAGAAGAGGAGGCAUCCUAUCUGCAGUAUUGCAUUCUUGAGCCUUACAUCAAUGAGGUACGGAUAUUGGCGUUAUCUUGUAUCAUUCAUGGAGGAUAUAAGCUGCAACCGUAUCCACUUGUUGACUUAUCCAAGCUUUUGAUGAUGAAGGAGUCAGAUGUUGAAUCUUUGUGCACUGAUUGUGCUCUCGAGUUAGCUAAUGAUGGAAUUGGAAAAGGACUUGUGUCAACCAAGCAAUCAACUAUGAGUAAACCCUCGGGAGGGUUCCAAAAGUACUAUCCGAUGGAUUCAGAACGACUAGAAAGGUUAUGCGCUGGGAAACUAGAGCUAUAACAAUCACAUGGGAUGCCAUAAUUGGCCCUUGAUGAGUCACUUAACUAGAAAUUCAUUCUCAAAUUGAAAGAACCUAGAUGACGCCACCAUGAUACGUGCUCUUCUACAUAUUUCUGACUAGUCUUAUCCGCUUACCCUAAGACAUGGUGGGUGGGGCACUUCACACUAACCAACAAUCUGUAUAUAUGGAAGAUGGUGCUGGAUUGCAGGUAUUUGUUACCUAGUAAUAUGUUUAACAGUAGCAGACAUGGUGAUGUAUUUGUAGUUAGAGAGCAAUUAUGUACGACAACCAUAGUGUGUCAUAUGAUUCAUAUUAUUGGUGUUUCUGGAGAUCAUAUUGUUUACAUUUCCUAUAUUCUUUAGAUUCGUGCAUCUGUGGAUCCAUAUUGUGAAAUAAUUUACUGUAUUUUACAACCA